CUUAAGUUAUUAGGGACAAAUAAAUAUUGAUGGCUCUUUUCCAGUGGUCCUCUUUAUGGUGUCAUGGGGGGCUGUACAGUGGGUCUGGGACACCGGCCGCUCACAGGACCUCAUUCUGGCUCAGACGGGAAUGUCUGCAGAUACUCACCGUGAACCAGUUUAUCAGGUCAGCUGGGUCCCAGGAGCUCGCAGAGUUCUGCUGUGGACUGUUGAUGGAGCCGAAGCCGAAAUCAUCUUGAGUUCUGGAUAUGCUCUUGUCCAGCAGCGAGCUCAGAGUGGAGCAGCAAGCAAAACCCGAGCUAGCACCAAUAUAGGAGUAACCUCUGUUGCACUUUCCCCGUGGGACCUGGACACAGUCUUGGUGGGCUCAGAGGGAGGCCUUGUGCUCAAAUGCACUUUCAGAGAGACAGUGGCAGCAGUGUCCCCUGAUGGUGAGAGCGUGACACUGCGGGCUUUGUGGUAUUUUUUGUGCUUUAUUUACUUAAUAGUUUGGCUCAUCUGCACACUUUGCUCCAGCCCCGUACCCUGCUGUCUCUACAGGUCUUUAAGUCCAGUUGCCACAAUUGACCAGAACACAAGCGGUCAGCCAACGUAUUGCCUGGAGUUCAACCCCAAACACACAAAUCUGAUGGCAGUGGGCAAUGCAGAUGAGAGUGUCAACAUCAGGCAGCUUAGUGCCGAGUUAACGGAACAAGGUACCAGGCAGAUGGCAUUGCUGGAACAGCUGGCCAAUGAGGUGGCAGACUGA